GUUCAGAUAACAGGCGACAGAAGACGCUAGUUAGCGGAUAAAGCUAAACCGAAUGUUUUAAUAAAUUAAAACGGACUAAAAGCCACAGAACUUAAAACAAGCGCUGAAACCGUAUGAAUAGGUUUUUAUUUUCGAAUUAAAAAAUAUGUCCACCCCAGCACGACGGCGCUUAAUGAGAGAUUUCAAACGACUGCAGGAGGAUCCUCCAGCAGGAGUGAGCGGAGCCCCAUCAGAAAAUAACAUUAUGGUCUGGAACGCUGUCAUAUUUGGCCCAGAGGGAACACCUUUUGAAGAUGGAACAUUCAAACUCACAAUAGAAUUUACAGAGGAGUAUCCAAACAAACCUCCCACAGUUCGUUUUGUAUCCAAAAUGUUUCACCCUAAUGUCUAUGCAGAUGGUAGUAUAUGUUUGGACAUCCUGCAGAACCGUUGGAGUCCAACAUAUGAUGUGUCUUCAAUUUUAACUUCUAUACAGUCUCUACUGGACGAGCCAAACCCAAACAGUCCCGCCAACAGCCAGGCAGCCCAGCUGUACCAGGAAAACAAACGGGAGUACGAAAAGCGUGUCUCUGCUAUCGUGGAACAGAGCUGGCGCGAUUGUUGACCCCCCAAAACAGAUCACGAUGUAUGGACAAUUUUCAGCCACGCAGAGGAAAAGCAUUGCAUAAAGAAAUUUGAAGAAAAAAUGAAAUCCCCAUCAUUCACGAUUUGAAUACUCCUCUUACUCUAUAGCGUUCUGUCUGUUCUGUAGCUUUUGCAAGGUCAGGGUGCUGUUGUGUUGUGAUUUCGUGAUUUAUGCUAAAUCUUGCUCUCGGACGAGGAUGUUUCCUUACCAACUCAAGGUCACUCCUAUGGUGCACGCAUUUCUUUGGUUUAUCUUCUAAAGCUCUAGGUCUAUGCAGGAUUUAGUCAUGAAUGUCAUUUGGUUUGCUUCCAUGUUGCACACUAAUGGCUUCCCAUGGGUUAAACUUGCAUCUUUUUUGUGUUUUUUUAAAAUUGUUUUAUUUUAAUGACCACAGAAAACAUGAGAUUGUACCAAAAGUUUAGUCAUGUCAUGUGACUAUGUGGUCAUUGCUUUAUGAUGGUUGGCUACUCAGAUUGUCACAAACCUAGAACUUGGAAUGUAACUAUCUCACUGAUUUGGCCAUUUCCUUCUGUUCUAAUUUGAGUGCAGGUUUUUCAGUCUCAUGUUAAUCACUUAUCCAACAGUGCAUAAUUUUUUUGUUAUGCAAUAUCAUCAAAGUUUGGGUCAGAUUUCUAAAUGCACAUCCAGAGUUUGAGUGUCAGAUUUGCACUUCUACUCAAUGUAAGAAACUGUACAUUCUCACUUGUAAAUAAACAGUAAAAUAAGCUCAA